AUGUCCAAUUCUGUAUUCAUGAUCGAUGUUCACACUCACAUGUAUGAUGAAAAGUUCCUAUUACCUACCAUCAGCUUCGAUGAUUCAAAUAAUAGAGACAAAGAUUACUCGGAAUUGGAUCGAGUCAUUGAAAACGCAACAAAUCAAAAUAUUCAACGAAUAAUUGUGGUUAGUGAAGAGGAGAACACGGCACAUCAAGUGCUAGAGCUCUGUAAAAGAUAUCCGAACGUGAUUAGAGGAGGAAUAGGCUUACAUCCGUGUUGUGUUUCCAGUGAAGAGCAAAUUUAUAGAAUUCGUGAUUUAAUAUUAAAACAUCUGGAUGAACUUUGUUGCAUUGGAGAGGUUGGACUUGAUUUCACUCCUGGAGUAUUGAACGGUAUAUUAGAAAGAAAUCCUCAUUUACAAAGUAUUGAACAAGUCAAACAAUUACAACGCAAAGCGCUUGAGGUUUUCAUUGAAUUGAGUAAGGAGACUGGUCUUGCCUUAAAUGUACAUUCUCGUAGUGCUGGAAGGCCAACCAUACAAUUACUACAUGAAAAAGGAGCCAGCAAAGUGCUCAUGCAUUGCUUUGACGGUAGUGCUAAAGUUAUAAAAGAAGGGCUGACUUUUGGAUAUUAUUUUAGUGUUCCAGCAAAUGUCAUUCGAUCCAAACAAAUACAACAGUUAGUAGAGAUUGUUCCAAUCGAUAGAAUUUUAUUAGAAACAGAUUCGCCGGCUCUCGUUCCCAAUCUUCCUGAACAGAAAGAUUUUGCAACCAAGGAAGAGUUCGAUCAAGCAAUUAAGAAGGCAAGAAAUGAUCCGUCGAAUAUUCCGCUAUCUGCGCAAAUGAUUGCACAAAUCAAAAAAUUAACUUUGCCUGAAGUCAUUUUUCAAACAUUCGAAAGCACAAAACGACUUUUCCCUAGAGCGGUUAAGUGA